AUGAAGCAGGCGCAUUACGAGCAGGCUGACGUAAGAGGCUUUCCACCACAACCGAAAGGCGAAUUAGUUGUUCUUCGUGGCAGCAACGAAGGCAUUGAUCUCGAGAAUUGGAAGCUGGAGAGAGCUCUAGUGCCGUCCUCAUCCCGAAGAGCUGCGGCGUUACCGCAGAGAAAUUCUAGACCCGAUCAGAGUCACAACAAUGAGGAUAGCGACGACGAUGACAAGAGCAAAGACGAGGGCGACAAUGACGACGACGAGCCAGGGGAAGAUGAAGAAAACUCAGAUGCACGCACAUCGCGUCUUUGGAAUAGGUAUCAGAUCUAG